AGUUGUAGUGGUGUUCCCUUUUCUCUUCAGUUUAUUAUUUUAAUUCUCCGUGGAGAAGAAACUUCUGGGUUUUUUAUUAUUCUCUUUUGAAUUUCUUUUAUGAGAUGUGGAAUUUUCAGUUUUGAUCACAUUUCUUGAGUUGGAAAAUUGGGUCUUCUCUCUUAGAGGCAUGUCACCUGCAGAGUUUCACAGACAAGGGAAUGAUUGGUUUUGCAAAACAGGGCUUUCAAGUGACAUAACUGUUGUUGUUGAUGAUGUGAAGUUUCAUCUUCAUAAGUUUCCUCUAGUGUCAAAAUGUGGAAAGCUAGCAGGGAUGUACGAAGACUCCAAAAACACCGACAAAAAAUCUCUCUGGACAACAGCUCUUAAAGACUUCCCAGGUGGAUCAGAAACUUUCCUAACAGCCGCAAGAUUCUGUUACGGCACUCGAGUAGAUCUCACCUCCAAGAACAUAGUCUCCAUACACUGCGCAGCUGAGUACCUCGAGAUGACAAACGAGUACGGGGAAGACAACUUGUUACCCCAAGCCGAAACAUUUCUGCACAAGCACGUGCUUCGCAGUUGGAAAGACUGUAUCCUCGCCUUACAAAGCUCCAGCCCUGUUUUAAAGACCGCUGAGAAGCUUCAGACAGUAAUACCCAAACUCAUGAAUGCCGUUUCCACGAUGGUGUGUACUGACCCUAGCUUGUUCGGAUGGCCUAUGAUGAUGUACGGUACGUUGCAGAGUCCUGGUGGGAGCAUUCUAUGGAACGGAAUAAACACGGGAGCAAGAAUGAGAAGAAGCUCUGGUGGUUAUGAUUGGUGGUACGAAGAUGUGUCUUAUCUAAGUGUUGAUUUGUUUAGAAGACUUAUAAAGACUAUGGAGACAAAAGGUAUACGUGUGGAGAGUUUAGUCGGUGCGAUGAUGUAUUACGCGAGAAAGUACCUGCCUGGUUUGGGACGGUGGCAUAGCAGUAGAACAAGUGUUGUGAGUUUUAGUUUGGCAACAGCUCCUUCUUCCUCCUCUUCCUCUAUGUCUCAUGUUGAUCAGAUUAGUUUGCUUGAAACCAUUGUAAGUCUCCUCCCUGAAAAGAGAGGAAGAUCAUUCUGCAAGUUCUUGCUGUGUCUUCUACGUCUUGCUUUCAUUUUGGGAGUUGAUGGGAGCUCCGUGAAGAAGCUGGAGAGAAAGAUAGGGAUGCAGUUAGAGCUCGCAACGCUUGAGAAUCUUCUGAUACUUAACUAUUCUGAUUCAGAGACGUUGUACAAUGUAGAUUGUGUAGAACGAAUGAUCCAUCAUUUCGUAUCAUCAUCAUCGUUAGAGAAGCUAACUGACUUCUCUCCUCCAUCUUUGGAUCAAGAGAUGUCUCCUUCUUCCUCUUUAAAGAAAGUGGGGAAGCUGGUGGAUAGCUACAUGGCGGAAGUUGCUUCUGAUGUGAAUCUGAAACCUGAUAAGAUGAAGUCUCUUGCAGCAGCUCUUCCGGAAUGUUCAAGACCGUUAUACGACGGUCUUUACAGAGCGUUUGAUAUCUAUUUCAAGGAGCAUCCAUGGCUAUCAGAUAAAGACAAGGAGCAGCUCUGUAACACCAUGGACUACCAAAGACUCUCGAUAGACGCUUGCGCUCAUGCUUCUCAUAACGACAGGCUACCUCUAAGAGUUGUUCUUCAAGUUCUUUUCUUCGAACAGAUGCAUCUCAGAACGGCUCUUGCAAGCACCGAAACUGUCCCGAGAGAGGAGAUAGUUCAGAGAGAUGGGUGGGUGACGGUUGUGAGACAAAACCAGGUUUUGAAAGUGAAUAUGCAGAAGAUGAGGUCGAGGGUUGGGGAGCUAGAAGAGGAGUUUCGGUGUAUUAAGCAGGAGAUGAAGAAGAAGAGAGCGAGUAAGUCCUCUAGUAGCAUAAGCUCGCCUCGUUUGGUUAAGAUGGGAUGCAAGUUUCUUCUUCCACGUGCUUCUGAUGCCAAAAAUGAUACUGUGCAGAGGUCUGUGUCUAGUACUCCAAGAUCUUCUGCUGCUGAACACGCACUGCCUCGCUCUUCUCGCCAUUCAAAACACCGUAAAAGCUUCUCGUUUUUCGGAUAAAUCUCCCUUGGAAAACGCAAAACACAACAACAAAGUAAGGUUCUCUAUUUACCAACAGAGAAGGGGUUGCGUUGUUACUAGCGGAGCAGAAGCUGGUCAUUAGGCUCAGAGUAUUUGCCGGGGGUUUCUCUUGAGAUAGAAGUUUUGAAGACAUUUACCAUCAAAGUUGAUAGUGUUUUCGGAGAAGUUCAUGCAUUUGUGAUCGUGUUUUUGGGAAAUGGGUAUACUGUAAAAGUAAAUAACUAGAGUUAGGAUCAAUAGAGGAAAAGAGGGUAUAAUUCUUGUCUGAUUUGAUAUGAUUCUUUUUUGAAUCUUUGUAAAUGUGUUGUGUCUAUCUGUGUAUAACUCUUGCUUUUACCUCUAUCUACAAGCAUGUUGCUGUUUUGUCAAUAAUAUAGGCUCUUUUAU